ACGAGGAGCACUUGAAUGCAACUUAAAUAGGCUACAAUUGCGCAGUUCAGGGACUUCGUCUGUUGUUGCUCACUGGUUGUUAAUCUGAGGUACGUUUUGCAAAAGAUGUGUACUGCCCAGAGUCUACGGAUUCUCCACUGUUACCAAAAGCCAGGCACCUUUGGAUAUGGGCCUGGUGUCAUUCGUCUAUUCAGCCUCACUGUGCAGAGAGAGGGCUACAAGUUUGUAAAUGCUCGGGAACUACCAACAGACAUGAAGUCCAUCACUGACCGAGCCGCCACAACCCUCCUGUGGACUGAACUCUUUAGAGGUUUGGGGAUGACCAUGAGUUACCUGUUCCGUGAACCUGCCACCAUCAACUACCCAUUUGAAAAGGGCCCUCUGUCACCCCGCUUCCGUGGAGAGCACGCCCUCCGCCGCUACCCAAAUGGAGAGGAGCGCUGCAUUGCCUGCAAGUUGUGUGAGGCGGUCUGCCCUGCUCAGGCCAUUACCAUUGAGGCUGAGACUCGAGCUGAUGGCAGCAGGAGAACUACACGCUAUGACAUUGAUAUGACCAAAUGUAUCUACUGCGGCUUUUGUCAGGAAGCAUGCCCUGUUGAUGCCAUUGUUGAGGGUCCAAACUUUGAGUUCUCCACAGAGACCCACGAGGAGCUGCUGUACAACAAAGAGAAGCUGCUCAACAAUGGAGACCGCUGGGAGGCGGAGAUAGCAGCCAACAUACAGGCAGACUACCUAUACAGAUAGAUCUGCACACUGCACGCAAAGAUGUGUUACAUGAAAAUGAUAAAGUUCUCCUGUGCAAACAAAUAUUUUAGCCUUGCAGACUUAAAUCCUGUUGUCAGAACUGGGAGAAAAUUCAAGCACGCACAAAUCAUAUAUCUUGUGUUUUACAGAUAGAUGAUAAUGUAUUUUAUGAUGUUGACUUUAUAGUGUGUAUCCUAAAUAGCCUGCACUGUCCGUGAUGGACUAUAUUCUUCUGCACUAUAUUUGAUGUAAGUAGUACAUUUCUCAAAGAGUAUAUUUAUGUAAUACAUUUAAUAAAUACUGCAAUAAAUCAUAUUUCAAA